UGCGCCACAGGACAAAAACAAACGGUCCAAAACAAACGUCGGUUUUUGAUGAUCGAUUAAAGAUCGAUUAAAGAUCGAUUAAAGAUCAAUCAGUGAUUUAAUGAGUCCUCGUGCAUCACAACUGACUGUGAACUGCUCCUGAAACCAUGGAAACAAAGACCAACACACGAACCGCUACAUCCGGUCUAUAACCGCCAAACUGGACUCUAUUGUUGUGGACUGGACUCUGCUGGUCUCUGCUGGACUCUGCUGGUCUUAGCUGGACUCUGUUGUUGUGGACUGGACUCUGCUGGUCUUAGCUGGACUCUGUUGCUGUGGACUGGACUCUGCUGGUCUCUGCUGGACUCAGCUGGUCUUAGCUGGUCUCUGUUGUUGUGGACUAGACUCUGCUGGUCUCUGCUGGACUCUGCUGAUCUCUGGGUGACCCAGUUCUGCCGCUCCGCCCCUCUGACCGCCACCAUGAGCUCCCGGGUGUGCCGGACCUGUGGGGGGUCGGACAUAGACGUAGAUCAGGCCCGGGGAAGCGCAGUGUGUACCAGCUGUGGCUCAGUUCUUGAGGACAACAUCAUCGUCUCUGAGGUCCAGUUUGUGGAGGGGAGUGGAGGAGUGUCAUCUGCUGUGGGACAGUUUGUUUCAGCUGACGGUCCAGUUAAAGCUCCUCUUCUUGGUUCUGGUUUUCACACCAGUGUUGGGAAAGAGUCCCGGGCCCAGACCCUACAGGGAGGUAAGCGUCAGAUCCAGCAGCUGGGCAGUCAGCUGCAGCUGAACCAGCACUGUUUGGACACAGCCUUUAACUUCUUCAAGAUGGUCGUCAGUAAACACCUGACACGAGGACGCAAGACGGAGCAUGUCAUUGCCGCCUGCCUCUACCUGGUGUGUCGCACUGAGGGGACGCCACACAUGUUGCUGGACCUGAGUGACCUGCUGCAGGUGAACGUAUACAUUCUGGGAAAAACCUUCCUGUUGUUGGCUCGUGAGCUCUGCAUCAACGCCCCCGCCAUUGAUCCUUGUUUGUACAUCCCUCGGUUUGCUCACAUGUUGGAGUUUGGAUUGAAGACUCAUGAGGUUUCCAUGACGGCUCUUCGUCUCGUUCAGAGGAUGAAGAGGGAUUGGAUGCACACGGGACGCCGACCAUCCGGACUUUGUGGAGCGGCUCUCCUGGUAGCAGCCCGGAUGCAUAAAUUUCGUCGUACGGUGAAGGAUGUGAUUGGUGUGGUUAAAGUUUGCCAAACGACUCUGAGGAAGCGAUUAACAGAGUUUGAGGACACGCCCACCAGUCAGCUGACCAUCGAUGAGUUCAUGAGAGUAGAUCUGGAGCAGGAAUGUGAUCCACCCUCCUUCAUUGCAGCACAGCACAAAGCCAAGAUGCAGCAGCUGGAACAGGAGCUGGCCAGAAAGCUGGAUGAUGUCGAAGGAGAGAUCAGCUGCUACAAAGAUGAGAUUGAGACCGAGCUGGAAAAGAGCCGACCCAAACUGAGAGGAAUCUACGCGGCUUACGCCAAAGAAAUCGACCCUGAGGAUGCAGAGGUCUUGUCCACAACCUCUGACCCUGAGGAGCCGGAGGUUGAAGAAGACGAGCUCCAAGCCGCUGCCCAACACCUGACUCAAGAUUUUCUGUGCCAGGUGAUUCAGGAGGAGGAAGGGCGGGGCAAAAAGACAGAUGACAGAGAGCAGGAGGCAGGGCCAGAUAUGGAGGGGGUGGAAACUCAGCGUCAGGCAGCCCCUUUAGCAGCCAUCCUGGGAAAGCUACCAAGCGCUGCCAGCUUGGGCCUCCAACAGACCUUUGAAGAGUCAGAGACGGAUGAGCAGUUGGAGGGUGGAGAGCUGGAUUUGGAUGGCAUAGAUGAUCAGGAGAUUGAUAAGGAUCAAUACAGUCCAGGGUCAGUCAUUAAUACAGUCCAGGGUCAGUCAAAAAUACAGUCCAAGUACAUCCUGAAUGAGAGGGAGGUCCAGAUGAAGACGGAGCUGUGGAUGAAACAGAACGCAGAUUAUCUCAAAGAACAGAAAGAGAAAGAAGAGAGGAUAAAGAAAGAGAAAGAACAGGGGACGUAUAAAGAAAAGCCAAAGAAGUCGAGGAAGAAGAAGGAGCAGAUGGAGGCAUCGACGGCAGGCGAGGCGAUUGAGAGGAUGUUGGAGAAGAAGAAGAUCUCCAGUAAGAUUAACUACGACGUCCUUAGAGACCUGAACAGCAGAGGGACAGGAAGUGGUGGUGGCAGCAGUCCCAGCAGAGCAUCCUCAGACCCCCCUGACAUCAACGCCACUACACGGAAACGAGUCAACCGUCGGCGUCGCAAGAAGGCUAGCAACGCUAACAGAGACCUUGCUGCUAAUGCCAGCAUGAUGGGGAAGAGGGUCCGCCUCCUGAUAUCCUCCACAUCAAAGAAGAAAACAUCCAACCAGACAGAAAACUGUGUCACCAUGACAACAGAUACAACAACUGAAGAGGCUGCAGCUGAAGGGACCCCUGACCCUGAACCAUACACGAACCCUACCCCUGCUGCUCCACCCACUGUCCUGGAGGAGGAGGAAGAAGAGGAAGACGAAGUGGAGGAGGAGUGUGUUAGCGCUCUGCAGCUCGUAGGAGAUUACGGCUGUGAGGAGGAGGAAGUCUUCUAGUUCCUGACUGACGGAUCAAUAAUUUGGAGGUCAAUAAUCGACAUCAGUGAUCAAUCACAGUGAAAGAACUCUAUCCAUCAGACUGAGGCAGCUCCACUGAGACAUGUCAGUGUUUCAGAGAUCAAUAACUGAUAUCAGUGAUCAGUCAGUGAUCAUUGAUGAAGAGGUAUUUUAUGAAAUCACAUUGUUCAUUUUGUAAAAAAACUAACUUUUUGAUGUUUUUAAAUGAAUGUAAAUAAUUUGACAUUCCAUCAUCUGUUCCAACAGUUUGAAUAUUUUAAUGUGUGUGUGUUUCUAUGUUUGUGAUUGUUGUACAUGAACAUUUAAACUUUGAUUAGAAGUGAAACGAUAAUAAAGUAAAACAAGAAUCUGAAAUAAAUCUGUCGUUUCUCACAAACAUGAA